GAUUUGCCGGGAGAGCCAACCCGGGACAAAGCCGGGGGAAGCAGACGGGACGCAGCAGGGAAGGAAGGAGAUUGAGAAAGCGCUUUUCCCACAAAGCCGCUGCGCAGCGGUCCCCUCUCCCCGCCCUGGUCCCCUGGCCGCCGAAGGAGUGUGGAGAGCCGCUGCGGACCCUUUAAGGGCCGAGAGGUGCGCGGUCUCUUUAAGGCAGGUCCCGGUGCUUUCUGUUUUCUGAAGGAAGUGACGGGGGGGUGGGAUUGAAUGAAAAGUGCAAAACAGAGUCUCUAAGUGCUGGGUCGGGGGCCUCGAGAGCCGCGAGAGCGCCGCGUCCACCCCGCAGCCGCCUGGGUUACGCCGCGGAGCACACCCCAUGUGAGUGUACGCCAUCCCACUGGUGACCCGCGUCUGAGACCCUCGGGGAGCCACUCCCGGGCGCCUUCAACUAGCCAUCAACUUCGAGCGAAGUUUGGCAACGCCUCUCGCCGCCUGCACGCCGAGUGCCGGAGCUGAGGAGGGCGGCGGUGGCCCACGGGGAUGUGCCCACCCGGCUCCCGCGGAGUCCCCAAGGCGUCCCGCGCGCUGCUGUUGCUGCCGCUACUUGUGUGGCUAUUGGGGACGCCGCGCGGCGUGGGCGCGGGGGCGGGCCAGCGGGCAGAGCUGCGGGUGCGCGUGCGGUUGCCCGAAGGCCAGGUGACAGAGGAGAGCCUGCAGGCGGACAGCGACAACGACAGCAUCAUUCUCGAGCUGCGCAAGCCCGACGGCACCCUCGUCUCCUUCAUUGCCGACUUCAGGAAGUAUGUGAAGAUCUUCCGGGCCCUGAUCUUGGGGGAGCUGGAAAAAGGUCAGAGUCAGUUCCAGGCCCUCUGCUUUGUCACCCGGCUUCACCACAAUGAGAUCAUCCCCAGUGAGGCCAUGGCCAAGCUUCGACAGAAAAAUCCCCGGGCAGUGCGUCAACCUGAGGAGGUACGGGGCCUGGAGCACCUGCACAUGGACAUCGCUGUCAACUUCAGCCAGGGGGCCCUACUAAGCCCCCAUCUUCGUAAUGUGUGUGCCGAGGCCGUGGACGCCAUCUACACACGCCAAGAGGACGUCUGGUUCUGGCUGCAGCAAGGUGUGGACAGCUCCAUGUUCAAGGCUCUGCCCAAGGACACAGAGCAGGCUUUGCUGCCUCACUGCGGGCAGGUAGAGGACCUAGGGAAGCCCUGCGUCUGCCACUAUGGCCUGAACCUGGCUUGGUACCCCUGCAUGCUCAAGUACUGCCACAGCCAUGACCGGCCAGUGCCCUACAAAUGCGGCAUCCGCAGCUGCCAGAAGAGCUACAACUUCAACUUCUAUGUGCCCCAGAGGCAGCUGUGUCUCUGGGAUGAGGAUCCCUAGCCAGGCUGGGGUACAGGGGUGGGCCCCAGGAGGCUGCUCUGGGCUUACCACUCCUCCCCCAGCCCAUUAGAGGAUGUGACAAUCCCCAAUGAGGCCUUAUUUCCCUUCCCUUCACCUAAUUCUGGAGCCUCUGGCCCCAUCACUCAUGACUGUGAAAAUAGAUGUGGCAUAGCAGGGGUUAACUCAUGAAGGCAGCUCCCACUCCCACCCUGUGCCUUCCUUGAGGACAAGAGGAGAAUGGGGUUCUCCACACUGCAUCCCUCCCCUCAACGCCCCCUGAGGUGCUCUCUUUCAAGCAAUGAAAAUAUCAUGGCCUAUGAUUCUCCUAUUUAACUCUUUGAAGGUUUAGACCCUAAAAGGUGUCUUUUCCUGUUAUACCCACCUCCCCACACACAACCCCAUGCCCAACCAUCUGGAAGGAGCUGGCCCUUCUGCACCUUCAACUGUUCAACAAGGAGUGAGGAUCAUUGCCCCAGAGAGGAGGCUGUUGAGAAGGUUGCCACAGCCUCUAUACCAGAUCAUUAUGCCUUCUUCUUAUCACUGGCCUCCGAUGUCCACAUUGGGGCAGGUGGGGACCUCCCAGCUCUGAGACCACCUGUGCCUUCCCCAGACCCGGAUUUGGGACUUGGCCUCGAGAGCAGGCACUACCUUGUCCCCUCUAAACAGAAAUGUUUGUAGGGUUCUGGGGCAGAGAGAGAGCAUGAAGUAUGAGGAAAACUUGAAUCCCAGAUAUUGUAAUGCAAAGUAUUUAUCAUUUCUACCAGAAAUAAAAGUUUAAAUUUUUACUUGA